AUGUCGUUCUCAACAACAUCAGCUUCAACUUCUCCUCCAACAAUGUCAAAUCCUUUAACAACUUUGCUUAGUUCAUUGACAAAAAGUCGUUCAAUGGCACCCGUUGUCAAACGUUUAAUGUUAUUGAGAGUAAAUGGUUCUAAUAUCAAUAAUAAUAAUAAUAAUGGCAUGGAUGAUUCACAUUCAACUAAUAAUGAUGAACAACAACAUUAUGCUGAAAAAGCUAUUCGAAGUUUAAUUAAAAAAUUGAAACGUAGCGGUGCAAUUGAAGAAUUAGAACGAGCUUUAUCACAAAAAAAUUCAGGAACAAAAUGUGUUACCAUUCAACGUUCAUUGGAUGGUCGUCUACAAAUUCAACAACGAAAAUCUAAUCCAGUCGUUGUUUAUUGUAAAUUAUUUCGUUGGCCAGAUUUAACAUCUCAUAAUGAUUUGAAACCAAUGGAUUAUUGUACAUACGCUUAUCAUUAUCGAAAAGAUGAAAUAUGCAUCAAUCCAUAUCAUUAUGAACGAGUGCCAAGUAUGUAGAUUGAACUGAACAUGUAGAUAAUAUAAGAAAAUUCUGAUUUAUUUGUAAGUGAUAAUAACAGCGCACAUUCUUUACCUGUUGUUUCUUAUACUAGAUUAUACAUUAGAGCAUACAUAAAAAUAUUUUAUUUAUAUUUUCUUGAUGAAAAAAAAGUACUUCUUUUCAUCUUC